GGCUACUUCGAGCCUCAACCUCUAGUCAGAGUAGUCACAAACAUAAAUGAUGUUAAGGGCAUUGUCCGAUUGGAGCAAUCUACGGAAACCUCGCCGGCGCCGGGAAACCAUUCUCCAACACCUCUGUUUUUUCCACAUCACCUGCAGCUCUGCAAGUGCGAGUCAGAACAAUGGAAGCGAAGCCCUCAUCUACUUCUCCCUCAACAUUUGUCGAUCAGUUAGUCGUUCCGGGAGAUGUGAUACUGGACCUCUCAAGCAUGGCCAAUCAAACGAUCAAGCUCGGAGGUGGCCUUCGUCAGGAUGGUGAUUCCAUUUCUGUAAUGAAGGCUGGUAAUCUGAGAUUCACAAAGCCAAACAAAUAUUGGGUGGAGAGCUCCCACAAGAGGUAUGUACCUAAUGCUGGGGAUAAUGUUCUUGGAGUGGUGGUGGAUACUAAACCAGAAAAUUUCCUUGUGGAUAUUAAAGGACCUGCAUUGGCAUUUCUACCUGUUCUUGCAUUUGAAGGAGGAACUAGAAGGAACAUACCCAAAUUUGAGGUGGGCACUUUAUUGUAUGUUCGUGUGGUCAAUGCAAAUACAGGCAUGAAUCCUGAGUUGUCAUGCAUGGAUGCUAAUGGAAAAGCAGCAGAGUAUGGUGUACUAAAAGAGGGGUAUAUGUUUGAAUCAUCCACAGGCCUCUCAAGAACGUUGCUGAGUUCUCCACCUUAUCCAGUUCUUGAAGCUCUUGGGAAGAAGCUCUCAUUUGAGAUAGCUGUUGGCAUAAAUGGCCGUUUUUGGGUGAAUGCGUCACAAUCAUCUACAGUAAUUCUGGUUGGAAAUGCUAUACAGAAAUCAGAAUCUCUCAGCUUGGUGCAACAGAAGAUUUAUUUAGAAAAAUUGCUCAAGAACAUUCAGUGAUUUUUAGUAAAAACUGAAACUAUUUUCUCCUGAUGUCAACAAUUAAUUAACAUGAAGAUCGAAUGCAGUUAUAUAUGUUCUUUUCCUUAGCCCCAU